UGUUUUGGACGGCGCCUUCUCAAACAAUCUGCUUUGUCUGGACCGCAUGACUAUUACUGUCAGCCCCUUUACCGGUGAGGCGGAUAUUUGUCCCAUGAACGCUGAGUGGGAAUGUGGUUACCGUAAUUUGGCUUCACAGCAGGUCGAGACAGUUUUGGGUACUAUCUUCUUUUUCGGCAAUAGCUUCCACCUAAAUUGGAACAAUUUCAAACGCUUUGUCAGCAUGCUUUGGAUGCCCGACCCAGAGACGUUUAUGAGCUUAGUUACUCAAGGGUAUACGGACGCUCUACGCUUUUUAGCCACGCGUGGUUUCAUUGCAUGCCAACUUCAUCGAAAUCCCCCACUCUCCUCCUUUAUCGUCCGGAACCGCGAACGCUCUUCCUAUCACCGACUUCGCUACCGUUUUGGCCCGUCUUCUCCGGUCGCCGCAUCACUAGCGCCUCCACCGAGAGUCACGGAUAGGGUAGCGAUAUCUUCCGAAGCAAAGGCCUCAGACCUUGGCUCAGCCUACUUCUACUCAACCGAAGUGAUCGGUGCCGGGAUCGGCUUGAACGUGCCUCAUUGCCUCGCGUGCCAGAAUGGAUUGCUCAAUGCACUUCAAUCCAGACUUCCGACUGUCUUACGCACCAUCAUCAUGCACCACCGUAGACCACCACAUCAACGGCACGGCACUACGUCCCUCCUACGUCUAUGCACCAGCCUUUUGACCGCCUCUCGUAGCAGUCUCAGAUCGGGGCUCUCACAUGUCUACACACUGGGCCGACAUAUGUUCUUCUCAAUGCUGUUUCAGUUGGAUGUGCUUGCUCGACUGAUCUCCUCUCUGCUUGACUUCAUUGAUGGGCCCAAUGGGUGCAUGCGCUGCCGCAGUACCACUGCCAACAUGUUGGACGAUGUCAAACGGUACUUGAUUCUCUUGAGAACAAACAGUACCGUGAGCAUUAGUGCUGAAGACAUCAGCUCAUCUGCCAGUGCUGUCCGAUCAGCUAUUCCCACCAAAACUGUGCCCCAGUUGGCCUGUCCCACUCAAUCACGGUCGGAUCUGAUGCACCGUAUUCAAUCUUUAAUCACUACGAAUACCGAUAGUCUCUUCGAUUUUCUCUGUGCAUUGAACGCUGUGCAACUGCCAACAGCCAAGGAGUGUGGUCUGGAGCUAUUCAGCUCUUCGCUUCCCGAUUUGGAGUUCCACCAGGUGGUUGCCUCCGGGAACCAUCUUUCUGACACGUUGCCCAAAGGUUUCCCAGUGGAUUCAGGAAAUGUCGACUUCUCACCAAUUGAAUACAACCUUAGUGAAGAAGAGGCCGAUGUUCAUGAGAAGCGCCCACUUUUUUUCACUGGUUCGGACGCAGAGGAUGAAUGGAGCUCGACUCAUUGAGUCGCAAACCAAGUCACGGAACGUUUCCGUCGUCGUCGCCGUCGUUCCGCUAAUCUAUCCGCUGUAUCCCACUAGUUUUUGGGCAUUUUCACUUAUGCGCUUAACAAUCAAGUUCUCAGUGCC